AUGGCCGAGAAGCAGCCAUUGCCUAAGAAACCUGUCUUCUCUGGGAUGACAGCACUCUCGGAUAAAACCAUGGUUGUCUCUUUCCCCAAGGAGUUCAAGAUGUCAGCAUUCGAACAUUAUGAUGGCAGCACCGACCCUGUUCAGCAUCUGGAAGGUUUCAACUCAAUUAUGGCUUUUUGUGGGGCCUCCGAUGCAAUCAUGUGCCGCGCCUUCCCCCCAACGUCGAGGAAAGCCGCUAGAACUUGGUUUACCCACCUAGAACCAAACUCUAUUCAUGAGUUUCGGCAGCUCAACAUGGCCUUCACCUCUGCCUUCACGAGCAGCCAGAGCUACAAGAAAACACCGGUCAAGCUAGAAGUCCAGGAACUUGAUCCUAAGGUAGAAUACACAGCUCUACUAGCUAGGAUCCGCGACAAGAACCUCAACUGGGAACUCUGUAGGAGUAAUCCCAACAAUCUGAUGGAACUCCAGGCUAGAUGCGAGAAGUACAUGAUGGUGGUGGAAACCCUAAACACAAAGAUGGAUGCCCAGGAUAGUAGAACCGAGAAAAAGAGAACCGAGCAAGAUGAAAAGCGAUCCAGCGAAGACGACAGGAAGAGGACGCGACGCCAAAGUAGAACCCCUCCAAAGUACUUUGAACGGUAUACUCCAUUCAAUCAACACCGUUCAAAAAUCCUGAUGCAGAUCCAGAAUGAGAAGUUCAUCAAGUGGCCGGCGAAGAUAGGUAACAACCCAAAUAAGAAGAACGGUGAUAAGUUCUGUCACUUCCAUAACGGAACCGGGCACAACAUUGAUGACUACAAGUACCUCAAAGGGGAGAUUGAGAGCCUAAUCCCGAGAGGCUACCUGGGGCAUUACAUUCAUGAUCGUCGAAACCAUGAAUGCCCUGACGACCUUAGAAGGGACCGCGAUAACGAACAGCACGGCCGCGGAGCAAAGAGAGACUAG